AUUAAAUUUGAAUAUGCAUAAAAUUAAACGAAGUUAAAUUCGGCUUAUCCCCGUUAGGGUUUUGGUGACCGGCGUCGCUUCCUACUCGCUGCUUUGCGUAGCUCUUCAGCUUUCUUUUUUCCCUUUCGCGCUCCCUCUGUGCCCAUCAAUGGACUCCAAUGGAGACGAUGCGGCUCGAAUUCUCCGCGAGCUAGAGAGUUUGAAAUCUGCAAAGAAUGACAUAGAGCAGCGCAUCUCACUCCUCGAAGCUCAGCUUAGCCAGUCUCGGUUGAAAGACGACGCCGUUUCGAAUGAUUCAUGCCCUUCGGCGUUCGGAGAUUCCUUCGCUGGUCACGGAUUGUCGCCUCAGAUGAUCCACAGAUACAGCCGGCACCUCUUGCUUCCUUCCUUUGGGGUUCAAGGGCAGUCAAAUCUCGCGAAAUCUUCAAUUUUAGUUGUCGGUGCUGGGGGAUUGGGUUCACCUGCUUUGCUAUAUCUUGCAGCCUGUGGUGUUGGUCGCAUUGGCAUUGUUGAUCAUGAUAUAGUCGAGCUUAAUAACAUGCACAGGCAGAUUAUCCACUCUGAAGCAUAUAUUGGUCUGCCAAAAGUUGAAUCUGCUGCUGCUGCUUGUCAAUCGAUUAACUCCACUAUUCAGAUUGUGAAACACAAAGAAGCUUUACGCACCUCCAAUGCUUAUGAAAUAAUGAGCAAGUAUGACAUAAUAAUUGAUGCAACAGACAAUGUUCCUAGCCGUUACAUGAUCAAUGAUUGCUGUGUUGUGUUGGGGAAGCCUCUUGUAUCAGGUGCUGCACUGGGAUUGGAAGGACAGCUCACGGUUUACAACUACAAAGGAGGUCCGUGCUAUCGAUGCUUAUUUCCAGCUCCUCCACCUACCACUGCCUGUCAGAGAUGCUCUGACAGUGGAGUUCUAGGAGUAGUUCCCGGUAUCAUUGGCUGUCUCCAAGCCCUGGAGGCUAUAAAGAUUGCUAGUGCUGUUGGUGAACAACUUUCAGGACGGAUGCUUCUUUUUGAUGCAUUGUCUGCAAGGAUUCGUAUCGUUAAGAUUCGAGGGAAGUCAUUGCAAUGUGAAGUUUGUGGAGAAGGUGCUACAUUUACCCAACAACACUUCAAAGAUUUUGACUACGAGAAGUUCACUCAGUCACCACUGUCCACGUCACCUUUGAAGCUAAACCUGCUUCCGAAGGAUUGCAGAAUAAGUAGCAAAGAGUACAACGAGAGAGUUGUUGGCAGAGAAGCACACGUGUUAGUGGACGUACGACCAGCACACCACUUCAAUAUUGUCUCUCUUCCCGGGUCCCUGAACAUCCCACUUUCAAGUUUGGAGCAUAGGUUGCCUGAAGUUUCCGCAGCCUUGAAGAAAGAGGAAGGGCACAAGGGCAUGGAUGCUGAUUCCGGUUCAGCUCCCCCUCUAUUUGUAGUCUGCAGAAGAGGCAAUGAUUCACAAAGGGCUGUCCAAUACCUACACAAAAUAGGUUAUACUUCAGCUAGGGAUAUCAUUGGAGGACUGGAAUCUUGGGCUCUUGAGGUCGAUCCAAAGUUCCCUUCCUACUAGCUAAUUUGUCCAUUGAUCGUCGAGAGUUGCUUUAUACUUUUUUAUAGGUUCAUGUACUACUCCCACAUAAAUAACGCUGCAAGGAAGAAAAAUGGGUGGAUCCGUUUGGGCAGCUGUAUUUAUUGCCCUAAAAGAAGCCAUCAUGAGCUAACCAUAUUUGAUGUAAAAUAUUUGCACUUGUGGUAAAUUGACUUAGCGAUGUGUUGAAA